AUGGCUGAGAAAGACAUACUUGGGCUGAUAUCAGGGGGUAAAAGGAAACGGGUGGCUCAUUGGACCAGCGAGGAGGAGAUAACUUUAAUUGAAGAGGUUUUAAAAUUCGAACAACAACUAUUUGGAAAGAUGAAAGGGGCGGGGGUUAAAGGGAAACAUGGAAAGGUAAAAGAAGAAACUUGGAGGUCCAUCACUGACACACUGAAUUUACAAUUUAAAAACGACAGAACAUCUGACUCCAUCUACAAAAAGUAUGACAACAUCAAACAGAGAGCAAAAGAGAAAAUUUAUGACAUACGCAGGCCCAAGACUGGGGGAGGUCCACCAUCAGCGCCCCUCACUCAGGCAGAGGAGGCAUUGUACCAGGCAAUGGAUACUCGACCCAACAUUGUUGGCCUGGUGGGAAGCAUUGAUACCGAUGAUGUACGACCUAAGGAAAAGAAGAGGAAGAUGGUACCACGAGAGAUCUUGGAUGAUCUAGAGAUAAAAAAUAGUAAACUUGAAAAUGAGAAGCUGACACAACAAAUAAACAAGCUUGUUCAAGAACAAAAGAAAUUAGCCUUAGAGGAGAAAAAAUUGCAAACGGAGAUUGAAAUGCUUGAGAUUAAAAAAUCAUAUUUAUUGUGUAAAUUAAGUUCUGAAUUUCCAGAAUUCAUCAUAAACCCUGUUUGUCAAUGA